GCAAGACAAGUGCAGAAGUCAAUGAGAACCUUACCGGAUAGGUUUGGAAUUAAGAUUACAGCAUUGGAGAGUUUUCAAAAAAUUCAAAAGCUGGGCAUUGAUGAUCUUCUGGGUGAGUUGCGUACCUUUGAAAUAAAUCAUGGAUUUGACUCAAUGAAGAUAGGGAAAGGAAAAGGCUUAGCUCUAAUAGCCAAGGUUCAUACACUUGUGUUGGAAGAGGAAGAUUCAGAUGAUGAAUCUUUCAAUGCUGAAGAGAUUAUGAAAGCCCUUGCCUUUCUUAAUAAAAAUGCCUCAAAGCUGAAGAAAUUACAGAAGAUAAGGUUUCAAGGAAACAAGCCCUCUGAAGGUGGUAAGAACACUUCUCAGCAACUUGGUGAGAGAGGUUCCAGCGUACAACAGUACAAGGUUCAGAUCAUCGACCAAGGAGUUGAAAGGGACCAAUGUCGGGAAUGCAAAGGGUUCGGUCACUUUCAGAAGGAAUGUCCAAAUUUCACGAGGAAGAACAAAACCUAUCGAGCCAC